ACGUGUGUCGGGGCUGUGAUCGUCAUGUCUCUGCUGUAGCAGAGCUCCGUGUAGAUUACAUUACUCUGCCUCUUGCACUUUGUUUUGACAGCGGCCCCUUUGACCGAAGAAUGAGUGAAAACGAUGACAUCGAGGUCGACAGCGAUGCAGACAAGCGAGCACACCACAACGCGCUGGAGCGCAAACGCAGGGACCACAUCAAAGACAGCUUUCAUGGUUUACGAGACUCUGUGCCUGCGUUACAAGGGGAGAAGGCCUCCCGAGCACAGAUUCUAGACAAAGCCACGGAGUACAUCCAGUACAUGAGGCGGAAAAACCACACCCACCAGCAAGACAUCGACGAUCUCAAGAAGCAGAAUGCACUGCUGGAGCAGCAGGUCCGCGCGCUGGAGAAGGCCAAGGGGAACACUCAGCUCCAGACCAACUACUCCUCUGACAGCAGCUUGUACACCAACCGCAAAGGGAGCGCCGUGUCGGCCUUCGACGGCGGCUCCGACUCCAGCUCCGAGUCGGAGCCGGACGAGCCGCCCACCAGGAAGAAGCUGCGGGCGGAGCCCAGCUAGACCCCCUCCCCUCCUCUUCCUCCUCCUCCUCCUCCUCUCCACUGACUCUGUGCCCACCAGCCCAGCUCCUCCUCGCCGGUGGCAGAGAGGCGCUCCCGUUGUAUGAAACCGCUUCGACUCUCCUUUAAUCCCCCGUCCCCUCCCCAAAGUGAGGCAGCUCUUCAGUUUCGAAGGACUCGAUGCUUUUCAGACCCAUUCAUAAUCAGAGACGACGAGGUAUGAGGCUUUAGUAGAGUUCUAAAAGUUUAAAAAAAACAAACAAAAAAAGGUUUCUUUCUUUCUGUCUUUCUUUCUCUGGCUUGUUUUGGAAGACCUCUGCAAUCUGAUGGAGAUGGGAGACUUUCUCAGCUAGGGAUCGUUUACCUUUUGAAAAAUACCUAUUUUUCCAGAAACAGAAUGUGAAGUAAAUUUUAAAGAAGCCUGUUAUGUAAAACGCACCCCCUCCUUUUAAUUCUGUGUAGGCGGCUACAUUUUUUUUUUUUUCUCUCUUUUCUUUUUGUCUUUGAAAUGUUUGUGUAAUCAGAGGAACCCUUCUAUUUAUAGUGAUGCACCAAAAUGAGUGUCCUCCCCCUCACACACACACACACACCACACACCACACACACUCUGUCUGAUCUCCUUUAUGUUUGGCUGGAGAUCCUUCGGAAGGAAUGAUUUAACUUCUGUUUUUACUGAUAUUACAAAAUUAAAAAAAAUAUAUAAGUGUCAAAAACAUUGAAACAAAAAAAAAACCUGGAUUGUUACUGAAUGUUACACAAUACAGUUAAAGGGCAGUGACUUUUGUUUCUGUUAAUGGAAGUCCUUUUCAGUGUGUUAGUACUUAAAUAAUACUGUAUACUCUUCAGUGGUGUCAGGUCUGCAGAGAAAAGCCUUCCCUUGAAAUAUUUGCCUGCGCUGGGAACGUUUCUCUCUUUUCUUCUUCUUUGCAGAGGUGAGUUAGUUGUUUGCGUAAUCGUUAUUUGUUGGUUCCAUUCCAUGGAAAUUACAGGUAUGUUGUACAUACUGCCAAUGGUUGUCUUGCAAGUUAAGGCAUACCUUUAUUAUGAGACUAUAAAUAAAACUAUUUUAUCCUUUUUGGAUGCACUUGUGA